AUGAAGGAGGCAGGGGUAAAUCGCAAUCUUCUAAUGGAUAAUUGUAAUAUCCUUAGCUGGAAUAUUAGGGGAUUGAAUAGCUUGAAAAAACAUAUUGCUGUGUUAGAUAUUUGUAGUAAGAAUAAAGUAGGGAUUGGGGCUAUUUUGGAGACUAAAAUGAAGGGAAUAAGAGUGCAGGAAUUAAUGGCUAAUAAAUUCAAGAAUUGGGACUUUUAUACUAGUCCUGUGACAGAGGGAAGAAUCUUGAUCAUAUGGAGGAAAGUGUUUGUCAAAGGGAGGAAGGCCUUAUGGCAAGGUUUAUCUCAGAUUGUUCGUCCAAUUUUCUCUUGGAUGAUUUUAGGCGACUUUAAUGCUAUUUUUACAGCAAGGGAUAGAAGUGAGGGAAAGCCAGUUUCUCAGAUGGAACUUGUAGACUCUUCUCAUUGGAUUGCUAUGAAUCAUUUGGAAGCUCUAAAAAGUACUGGAUCCUUUUUUACAUGGACUAACAAUCAAGAUGGAGCUGCUCGUAUUUACUCCAAGAUAGACCAUGCUUUUAUAAAUGAGGAAUGGUUGGAUGGAUUUCCUAACACUUCAGCUGUGUAUAAUUGGGAAAUAGUUUCAGACCAUUGCUCGUGUACCAUUUCUAUUAUGCCAGUAGAGAAUAUGGGUAUAAAGCUUUUCCGGUUCUACAAUUUCUGGACUGAACAUGUAAACUUUAAGCAGUUGGUUUUAGACAAUUGGAGGCAGCCGAUGAAGGGGACAGGAUUGAAGUCUAUUUUUUUGAAGACAAUGAGACUAAAGCAUAAAUUAAAGAGAUUCAACAUGGACUGUAUUGGAGAUAUAGGAGUCCAUUUUCAAAAAGCAAAGGACCAAUUUCAGGAAGCUUUAUUUCUUGCUCAACACCAUCCUAGCAAUCUUAUGUUUCAAGACAAUGUUAAGAUUAGAGCUGAAAAUUUUAGAAUUCAAGAGCAAAGAUAUCACAGUUUUUUGACUCAAAGAAGUAAGAUAAAUUGGCUGAGAAAAGGUAAUAUGAAUACUGCCUUUUUUCAUGCAUGUUUGAAGAAGCGUAAGGAGGCUAAUAGAAUAGCAACUUUCAUAAAUGAGCAAGGAAGGGUGGUGGAUAAUUACUCUGAAGUUGUUUCUCAUUUUUUGAAUCAUUUUAGAGGUAUAAUGGGGAGUCCCAGUUCUAUUUCCAAGGAAAUCAGAGCUGCCAUGUUCAGUAUUUCUAGCAUCAAAUCUCUGAGCCCAAAUGGUUAUGGUUCAGCUUUCUUUAAGGUGAUGUGGCAAGACAUAGGUGAUGAAGUUUGUAGAGCUAUAGGUCAAUUUUUUGAGACAGGCUUCAUACCAGAAGAGUUACUGAAUACUUCAUUGUCCUUGAUUCCUAAAGUUGACAAUCCUAUUCGGGCAGUGGAUUACAGGCCUAUUGCAUGGUCUCUGUCAUCAGUAAAAAUUAUUAAGAGCGUGAUUUGGGAGUUUAGUGCUGUGACAGGGCUUCAAAUUAAUGAGAGCAAGUCUCAGGUCUUCUUUGGGGGAGUUUCAGCUGCUGAAAAAAUGCAAAUGUCUGCUGAAUUGAAACUGUCAGAGGGAUCAUUUCCACUUAAAUACCUUGGUGUUCCAAUGAGACCUACCAAAUGGAAGCAUGAAGAUUGUGACAUCAUCAUUCAAAAAAUCAAAAUGAGAUUACACACUUGGGCAAGUAGGCACCUGUCAUUUGCUGGCAGAAUGCAACUGAUUCAUUCUGUUCUUUUUGGGCUGAGGAACUAUUGGAUGAAUGCAAGAAUCAUAUGGCUUCAUGGGAAAAAGGUCUGUCUUCAUAAGGCUUAUGGGGGGCUCGACUUCAGAAAUGGACAGAUGUGGAAUUAUACUAUAUUGGCUAAGUAUAUAUGGGCAAUCUCUGAGAAGCAUGAUUUGCAGUGGGUUGUCAAUGCUCAGCUACUUACUUGUGAUAACAUGCUUCGGUUCAGAGUGCCUCUUGACUCUUUAUUGUGCCCGGUGUUGGAUCAAAUUUUUGAGUGGACGGCAUUCAGUACUUGGCCUUAUGAGUUUGAUAGAUGGAGGACCUGGCUUUCUAGCAGAAAUAAUGGCUUCCUUUUUCAUAUAUCUAUCAUGAUAUUAGCAGCUGUAGUACAUAGCAUCUGGAGGAAUUGUAAUGGUUGUAUUUUUGACAAUUACUCUAGGUCUGCUACUAGUAUAGCUGCUGAAGUAAAAUCUUUAAUUCAUCAUUGGCUUAACAGUGUUAGUAAGAAGAAGCUAUCUUCCCAGGAGCAAAGAGUGUUAUCACAUUUUACUAUGUAA